AUGACAUCUCCUAAAGUACUGUUAGUAGGAAUCAGUGGGUGCUCUUCAAGCGGGAAGACAAUCACAGCAAAUUUACUGCCUUCGGCGAUUCUACUUCACGAAGACGAUUUCUUCAAACAUGAUGAAGAGAUUCCGUUUGAUGAAAAAUAUAAUGUCAGCAACUGGGACUCACCCGAUGCAUUGGAUCUGCCAUUGUUUCGCAAGGAAUUAGAUCACAUUAAGAAAACAGGCGAGAUAUCUUCAAAGUUAAUACACAAUGAUAAUCAUGAUAGUACCAAAACUAUUGAGGUAAGAACCGAGACUGAAAACGCUAUCAAACAGAAAUUCGCGGCUGGCUUUCACGAUUCAGAUGCCAAGAUUAUUAUAGUUGAUGGAUUUUUGAUGUACAAUGAUCCCGAACUUGCUGCCAAGUUCGACCUCAAAAUCCUAAUAAGAGCUCCCUACGCUACGUUGAAAAAAAGACGUGCCGCUAGAAGCGGAUAUCAGACUUUAGAAUCUUUUUGGAUCGACCCACCAUUCUAUUUCGACGAAUUUGUCUACAAAACAUAUCGGGAGUGCCAUUCACAGUUUUUCGAGGGUGGCAAUGUUGAAGGUGCCUUGAAAAAGGGCGCAGGGAUUCACGAUUUUAUAAACGAUGAUGGUACUGACAUUAACACGGCCUUGCUCUGGCUCAGCGAGCUAAUUGCUUCGCUUGGAAAUCUUUAG